AUGAAAAAAGACAAUGAUUCUAAGGCGACAGAAUUUGCUCUUCUGGGCCUGUCAUCCUCCUGGGAACUGCAGCUAUUUCUCUUCUUAAUAUUUUUGUUGUUUUACAUGGCUAUUGUCCUGGGAAACCUCUUGAUAAUGGUAACAGUGCAAGCUGAUGCCCGCCUGCUCCAAUCCCCUAUGUACUAUUUUUUGGGCCAUCUGUCCUUCAUUGACCUGUGCCUGAGCUGUGUUACUGUGCCCAAGAUGUUAGAGGAUUUUCUACAGCAGAGAAAGAUCAUCUCUUUUUCAGGAUGCCUGGCCCAGAUCUACUUCCUGCACUUCCUGGGAUCCAGUGAGAUGUUUCUGCUGACAGUCAGGGCCUACGAUAGAUAUGUUGCCAUAUGUAGUCCUUUGCAUUACCUGAUAGUCAUGAACCGCCAGCUAUGCCUUCAAUUGGUUUUUGCCUGCUGGUGUGGGGGUUUCAUCCACUCUAUCACACAGGUUGCACUGGUCAUCCAGCUGCCCUUCUCUUGCCCCAAUGAACUGGACAAUUUCUAUUGUGAUGUCCCAGAGGUCAUGAAGCUAGCCUGCAUGGACACAUACAUGGUAGAGGUGCUGAUGGUCUCAAACAGUGGUCUGCUAUCUCUUAUCUGCUUCUUGGUCUUGCUAUUCUCUUAUGCUGUCAUCCUGAUCACCCUGAGAACUCGCUUCCACGAGGGCCAGAGCAAGGCACUCUCUACCUGUGCCUCCCACCUAACAGUGGUCAGCCUGAUCUUUGUGCCGUGUGUAUUCAUCUACCUGAGGCCUUUCUGCAGCUUCUCUGUGGAUAAGGUAUUCUCCAUCUUUUACACAGUGAUCACACCUAUGUUGAACCCCCUCAUCUGCACACUCAGAAAUGCUGAUAUGAAGACAGCCAUGAAGAAGCUGAGAAAAAAGCAUGUGGCCUCUUUCUGCCAUGUUAAAGGAUGAACGAGAAGAGGUGAUUUAGGAAACAUACUCUCUUGGGAUGCUCAUAACUCAUCCCGUACGUGAGUACGUGCGUGAAAGCCAAUUUGGUGACUUUAGUAUAAAAGAGAAGCCAGCAUAAACAUUUUACCGCAAUGCUAUUGAUUU